AAAGAAAUUCAUGAAGCCAACAUCUAAUGCUUCUCAACAAGCAAAUUAAUGGGCAUUAAAAAAAAAGGAGCAAAUGGAAAAAGCUGCUCAGAUGAGAGCUGAACGAAAAUUAGCUGCUACUGGAGAAAUGGCUUUAGGAACUAAAACAAAUUAUGGUACUUAUAUCAAGUAUCCAAAGAUUAUGAUAAGCCUCCAAGCUAAAAUUCUUAAAAAUAAUAUUAUUAAGCUGAUUUGGGUCAUAAUAAUGCAAGAUAAUAAUAAUUUGGUUAGUAGUAAUUUUAAAUGAAUGACAUUAAUUUUCAAAAUGCAUAGCAUAACAGGCAAUCUUCCUUAGGAAAAUAAUAACCAUAACCAUCUUAUGAUAAAUAUGGAUAUAAUCAAACCUCAUAAUUUACAAAUAAUAAACCCCCAAGCUAGGAGGGAUCAAGAAAGGUUUAAUAAGGUAUGUAAUCUAAGCCUUAAAUGAAUUAAGCAUAAAUGAGCAGAUAAUAAUAUGGCAAAAUUGAGGAUGACUAUGAUUAUUAAAAUAAAUAAUAUGGACAACCAAAAUAACAAUAAUAGCAAUAUAAUGCUAAAUAACCAACACCUGUUUAAAAACAAUAAUAAUAAAGACCACCAUCAGGAACUUAUGAUUAAUCAAAUGCAUAUAACAAGCCUUCCAAUUAAUCAAUAAAACCUCCUGUUCAAUAAAUUAAGUAAUCCACAAAUAUCAAAUAAUAAAAUAACAUUAAAAAUAAUGUACAAUCAACUUAUUAACCUCAAUAUUAAUACCAUAAUCCUAUUGAUGAUAUCCCAAUUAAAAAAAGUGACAAUUAACCUAAUCUAAAUAUUUAAAAUCCAGAACCUUUAUACGAAUGUUCAAAAGGAUGUGGAAGAACAUUUUCUAAAAUUGCAUUAUAAAAACAUGAAAAAAUUUGUGUAAAAGUUUUUCAAAAACAAAGAAAACAAUUUGAUGCUUAGAAGCAUAGAAUAAUUAGUAAUGAAUAAGUUAAUCACAUAAGAAACUAAGAUAAAAUUGAACAAAAAUAUGAAAAAGCUCUAGGUAUUACAUUUAUUUAUUUAAGCCAAAAAGCAAAAUUGGAAAAAGUAGUCUGAAGCCUUUAGAGCUGCUAUCAUUGCUGCAAAAGGUGGACAAUUGACUAACGAUUAAAAAGUUAAUAUUUACUUAUAAUGUAGAAAGCUAUGCAAGAUGCUAGUAAAUCUAAUUUAGUUUAAUGCAAUUAUUGUGGGAGAAGCUUUAAUUAAUAAGCUGCUGAAAGGCAUAUUCCUUUUUGUGCUUAAAAGGCAAAGAUUCCUCCCAAACAACCUUAAAAAAGGAGAUGAU